GCCAUGGAUAUUGAAACAAUAGGAAUUCUUGGAACAACCCAAGAUUGCAAUUCAAUAACACAUACAGAAAAACCAAUCAAAACCAAAAACUGGCUGCUGAUUACUAUAAAUUGUGUUUUUACCAUUUGUGGUGCAGUAGGUGGUCCACUCUUAAUGAGACUAUACUAUCUUCAUGGUGGCAGUCGUAUAUGGCUUAGUAGUUUUAUUGCAAAUGCUGGUUUUCCAAUUCUCAUAUUUCCUCUCAUGUUUCUCUUCAUUCGGUCGAAAUCAUCCGCCGAUAAAAUUUUGUCAUCUUUUUGGUUAGAACCAAAGCUGCUUCUUUGGGGUGUCAUACUUGGGAUUCUGUAUGGUCUUGUUACUUUCAUGUACGCAUUGGGAUUAUCCUAUAUUCCUGUAUCAACUUCAUCCCUUCUCAUGGCAACUCAACUAUGUUUUAUUGCAUUUUUUUCAUGGUUGAUUGUGAAGCAAAAAUUUACAGCUUUUAUCAUAAAUGCAGUGGUUGUAAUGACACUUGGAUCAGUGUUGUUGGGUAUUAAUACCGAUGGUGAUAGACCGAUUGGGGUAUCAAAAGCUCAGUAUCUAUUAGGAUUUCUUUUGACGUUGGGUGCUGCUGCUUUGGCUGGGUUAAUAACGCCUCUCAUUGAACUUGCUUUCAGUAAAGCCACUAGAAACCUCAAUUACUCAAGUUUGCUAAACUUCCAGGUCAUACUUUCAGUUUUUUCAACCAUCGUUUGCGUCAUAGGGAUGCUAGUCAACAGGGAUUUUCAGGCUAUACCUAGAGAAGCAAAUGAUUUUGAACUUGGCAAAACCAAUUAUUACAUAAUAAUGGUGGUGACCGCAAUAGUAUGGCAAUUGUCAGGUGUUGGAACCGUGGGCGUAAUCUUCUACACAAGUGCUCUUUUCAAUGGCAUACUCGGAUCGGUCCUAGUCCCAUUAACAGAAGUAACAGCAGUUAUAUUUUACCAUGAAAGUUUCACAGGAUUAAAAGGAAUGGCAUUGGCAUUAUGUUUUUGGGGUUUAUGUUCUUAUUUUUAUGGAGAAUACAAGAUGAUGAAGAAGGUAGUCCAUGAUGAAACCUCAGAGGUAAUCCACAAAGUCGAAAAUGAUCCUAAUAGAUUGGAUAAUCAAGAAGAACCAUAUACUCUUAAUCCGGUAUAGUGAAAUAAUUUGAUCAUAUUAAUACCGUUGGCUUGCAUUGUUUGUAAGUUGUAACUGCCUAAACUUGGGCUCUGAAUAUCAUUAAUCCAAAGCAAGUGGUUUAUACUGGGAAAGAAGAUUUUCAUCGAACAAUUUAGGUUCAGAAUUCCAAUUGGACACCACUG